AUGAAGUACUCGCUCUUCAUGGCAUUCGCCGCUGCCCCUAAUCCUGGCGGACGCCACUGCUGGAAGGAGCGCUUCGUGCACCGAUGCCACAACCACGAGCCCAUGUUCGUGGCUGAUUGCAGCCUUCGCGGCCAGAAGUGCACUCUCGCCAGUGACGGCAAAGCGAACUGCGUUGCCAUCUAG